AUGGGUAUCGAAGAGUGUCAGUUUAUUGCAGAACAAUCAUUGAUAUCGUUUGUACCUAAUUUCAAUUCAGAGGAGGAAGAAUAUUGUUCUGCAGGUUUGGUUAAAUUUGAAGCUGGAUUACCCGUAGAAAUUCCAAUAUGGAUGGCAUCAAUCUUAAAAGCUCGUAGUAAAGGAUCUAUUGUAGCUCCAAGUUGGUUAAAUCCUCAAAAUAUUGAAAAAUACAUUCAAUCAGAAAAAAAGCAAUUCACAUUUACUAAAUUACCUGAUAAUUUUUUUUGUAUUUCACUGAUAUUAAUUAACAAAUUUAAAAGUGAUAUUGAAAAUAUUGAUACUAUUAAAAUUUUGAUUCAAGAUCUUUGGGAUAAAAGAUUAUGGAAAAUGCGAUCUUCUUUGGUAAAAUUUUUUGUGCAGGAAAAUAUAUGUCAUGUGAGAAUAAAUAAUAUAACAUUACUUGAGUCAUGUUAUGUUGGACCAAUUAUUUUUACUGGUUCAAAAAACUUAGAUACAAUCAGAAAAAUGAGGAUGCCUACAAUUUCACGUGUAAUUUCUUUGGUUCCAAAAGUUAGUGGACGUACAAGCGUUCGCCAUUCUGGAAUGGGUUUAAAAGCAGCAGAAUUUGACAAUUACAAAAAAACAAUGGUUGAACCAUUAACUACAUCAGAAAGUGUUUAUAAGACAUACAGAAAAAUCUUCUUUGUCUUGGGAAUUCCAAUUAUUGCUUUCACAUUUUAUGCUGCUUGGCGUGAUCAUGAAAAGCAUAUGUCACAUGAACGUAAAGAAUAUGUACCAUUUGACUUUCUUAACGUUAGAAAGAAAGCUUUUCCAUUUGGUGAUGGCAACCACAGUUUAUUCCACAAUCCUUCUGAGCAAUAUGUUCCAGGAGUUGGAUAUGAAAAGGAACGCCAACAUUAA